AAACACUUUUGAGUUUUGGUUUGAGUUCAAACUUUUUUUAUUAUGGUUCGUUCCUUUUGAUUUGUCCGCGGAGUGCAUGGACGACUUCAGCUAAGAUUUGGACAAAGAAAACGAUUCGUCGCAUGGCAGAGAAAACGUAUUCGUAACAACAAACCAUUUGAGGAGGUGGUCGAGCAAUGCUAUGUCUUCCAGAGGUGGCUUCACCAAAUUGGACCUGGCAGAAGAGAAUGUAUCAGAAACGAGAUUGUUCGAUCUCUUCUGCAACUAUCUAUCACUGGGCCAGUGGGAAUUGGCCAGACUUUGCCUGUCUAGUCUGAGAUCAUCGCCUAAUACACAUGUCCAGCUCAGAGAUAUCUUGCUCGGAUUGUUGGCUAAUCCAUCGGAAGCAAGUCAAAUAUGGCAGUCGGUCUCCUCACCGUGUCAUCUCUCAUGGCUGUGUUUGUUGGAAUGGCUGGCACUCUUUCCCGAGGAAUCGGCUGUCGUAGCUGCUGUACAGCCUCGAUUGGAGUUUGUUCUACUGCUCCAGUCUGCAGAUGUUGAUGUGCCGAUUGCUCUGUACAGUGAGUUGACGUCGUACCAUGAGCACCUGUUGUCGCUGGCUGGUCUCCCAAGGGAUCGAGUCUCUCCUGAUCAGCGCGCACCAUCUGCACUCUCAUCCGAGGCACUCACUCUCAUCAAGCACUUGCUGCACUGUCAGCUAAGUGUGGGUAGUGCGUUAGCAGAUUGCCUCUCGUUUAGACACACCUGUGGCCGAGUCACCGGCGGCAGCAUGGGGACGGCAAGAACAGUAGCAGUGGUGUCUUCGUCAGAUGCUCAGCAGCAGUUGUUUGAGAAUGACCAAGUCCUGCAGGGUGUCUAUAUGCAAUGCAUAUCUGAGAGGCUUGCUCUGCUGACUCGACUGCGAAAGGAGAAUUCGAAUGAUGAGGUAGAGCUGACACGGGUGGCUGGCAGUAUCUAUGGCUUCUUGAGUCGAAUGGACCCAUCACCGGAAAUGAUUGCACUGCCGCUGGAUGCACUUUUCACUGACCUCCUUCUGGCAUCAGUGACCCAAGUUGGACACACCUCUCUGCUGCACAGUCUUUGUCGCAACAAGUUGUACUCAUGUCUGAUUGGCCGCCAGCAGCCUAUGCUCAUCGAACGCUUCUGCAAGGUCGAGGAUCACUUGCAUGUCACGAAGUCAUUGCCUGACUUCACUGUUGACUUGGCAUCACUGAUCCCCGCAGCUUCUGCUGGCAGCGAGACAACUUUCUCGCGCUCCAGCAGUGCCAGCUCGGCACAGAGCACAGACCAAGCCGACAUGAAGACGUGCGCAUGGCAUCGGCGAUUCUUCGCUGCCUUCCAGGAUGGGGAGCAUUUCCUCGAGGCACUGUUGAAACUGUCACUCCAGCUUCUCCGUCAGAAGAAACUGCAGCAGCUGCGGGCCCUAUUGCAGCCGCCCGAGUUUGGUGUGCUGCGACCGCUUGUCGUGCUGCUCGGCUGGGAGCUGUGUAACAAUCUCGAUGAGGCAUCCCAGUUGCUUCAAGCACUAUGGAAUGAUAUGGAUAAUGAGAAUCUGCCAGGUCAUUUACAGCAGGCAUGUCAGCGACUGGCGUAUCAGGUUCAUCUAGUCGAGUGGUGUCGGAGCAGAGCAAAGACAAACCAAAGUACUCCGCAACGUAGUAGCGGGGACCACCAGGCAGCUGACCUGUUUGAAGGUUUUCAAUCACACUCAGUCCUGUUUGUCCUGCAUGCUUCUACUUCGUUGGCUGACCUUGAUCCUGAUGAAGUAACAGACAUGUUGCAACACCGGCCUAUCUUUGGUUCUGCUACUCCAUCACCGUCCAACCGUUCGAUCAUCUCAUCCAACGGUAGUCUUUCAUCGCCAUUUAACCGUUCCCACCCAUCGGCAGGGGUGAUCGUAGGAAGUGCCAGUAGCCGCAGCUCAUCACAGUCUCGCUCCCCGCGGAUCCUAUCAAGAUCAAUGUCGGUAUCUGCUGCAGCCAAUGCUCUAUCAUUGCAGCAGGAGCGUGAUAUUGCUAUCUACCACAGUUUCUGUGCUGUUCUGGACUUCAUGAGUAUCUUAGCCACCUGUAUCGAUCCAGGAUCUUUGCCUCCAGAGCUUCUGCAGCGACGUCGUGAGUUGCAUCGGUGCAUGGUACUACUACAGCAGAGCCCGGAAGAGUUUGAUGUGUCUGCUUUCAUCGCGAAGAAACUCAACCAUGCCAAGGAGUGUCUUGCCAACACGUUUCCACUCAAUUACCGCCUGGAAGUGCUGGAGAAUGUCUUCUCAUUGUUGUUUCUGCAGUACAAUGAUGUUUACUCCAUGGCUAAGGCCGAGUGUGUCAGUAGUGCAGAGUCUGAUCCCCCACCAGCAGCAGCAGCAGCUUCACAUGCAGAGCGCCAUGUCAGCACUGCAUCCUCGGCACAUGCGGAUGCUACUGACAGCCUGGCUUCCCAUUCCACUACGCCGGCUCUGGGCAGGGCGUUCAUCGCCUCGGAAGAUGUAGUGCGACAGGCUUUGGUCAUGCUCAAGGAUUGCCUCAUUAAUUUGACGUCAGCGAAGUUUGCCCAACUCAGCAGCGCGCCAACUAGCAGCAAAGUAGACGGGGCUCAGUCUGCUGGUGAUGAUGAUCUUGUCAGGAGCUCUGUGGACAUGACCAAUCUGCAAGCAAGAAUUACUCAUCUCGACCAGAGUAUCCAGGAAGCUAAGUGGCGCCUUGCUCUUGUGGCCUCGGCUCCAGUGGAAAGUUCUGGAAUUGCUGCCAAGGCCAGCAGUACACACUAUGGUGCAGUGCUGUCAUCAAGCUCUGAUGAGUCGACGGAGAGUGAGGAGGAUGAGUCAUCCAGUGACAGCGACAGUAAGUUGACGAACAGUGGUACCACGGACACUCGCAGGACCCAGCGGAAGCGUCGCAAACCAAAAGCAGGCACUUCAUCAUCUGGCAGUCGGCGCAGCACGCCUAGCUCAGCUGCUAGUCGCGAAUCAACACCAACCGUAGAUGACAGGCCAGCAAGGUCAACCUUGCGCAAAGACUCUUCGCAAAGGAUAAGCCGCAACAAAAUCCGACGCAAGUCCACAUCCGGUCGCUUUCGUUCCCGACACCUCUCCACCAUCAUUCCCCAGAUGCUUUCCACCCCUGAGUCUCUGCUGCACUCUUGUUUGAAGCGGCGUAGAUUCGAGCGUGCACGCGAGGUAGUGAAAAUGUUCAAAUUGGACGGGGAAAAGUGUGCCGAGUUGGUUAACUUUGCCGAGCGCCUUGUGAGUGUUCGUGAGAAACUCACCUCUGUUUCACAGCGCAGUGGAACCGGUGCACAAGCUCUAAUGUUACCGUGUGGCGUUGCCGCAGCUCUCCAGCCAAUCAAACAAUUCGGUCCUGCAACCAUUGGCAGUUUCAACCGACAAGCCAAUAUGGCGGUUAGCGAGCUUCUGUCUUCAUCGGCCAUGCCGAGCUCUCUCUAUCUCAGCACACGCCUGAAGCAAGCUGGCUCACGCGAUCAGUGGCUUGACAUGCUGUCUGCAGUUCUACCGUCGUUGGUGGUGUUUGACCUGGCUGCCACCUGUCAUUUAGAUCAGCCUGUGUCACUGCAACUAGUCACAAUGGCGCUGGAGCGGUCACAUCCUUCCUCUAAGGGCAGUGGUGGUCACCGGUCAGCUAGUCCCUUCCAAUCCACACAGGCACAGCAUGCAGCGCUCUCCGCCACUACAAGCACUGGCGGCGCCCAUCGCGUCCUGAAUCCCACUGAGUUGAUGCAGCGCCUAUCUCUUAUGGUCAACAAGGAUACAUACGUCGGCCUCCAGUCUGCCCUGCCGUCGAACAAGGAGACCGGAAGAAGCAGAAGCGGUAGUGGUGGUGAGCCCAGUGUUGCUGGAAGUGUUCACUCGGUCAUCAGGGCAAUCACCUCUCAGUCACUGCAUCAGCUGCUUGUUGGUGGCGUGCACCAUCUCUCGGCCCAGCAGUUUCUCUCCAACCUGAAGGACGCGGAGCGACAAUGGCUGUCUUGGUCACAUCUGGUGUCUGUGAUGGACGAAUAUGACGAAGUGGCUCUGGAUGUCCACGAGCCUGUUCUAUCUGAGGAUGGCCAGGCCUCGCCAGUGCGUGAAGCCAUCCAGCGAGUACUUGGUGCAUAUGAAGACAGCGUGGAGGAUCAGCCCAGAAUUCACGGUGUUGUGCGCUACCUUGCUCAAUUCUUCAGCCAUGUAGAGAAGCUGGCCAGUUUACUUCUUGGUGCCCAGGAGACUACAGGAGAUGAAGACUACAUUGACUGGUGCUUACAGCAUCGACCUAUCAACCCACUGGCUGUGCUGAAAGAGUCCCCCACUGUCACGCUUGGCCGGUUGAUGUUUGAUAAAAAGCUUCCACCUAGCAAGGUGGAAGGCAUAGCCAAUGAUCUUGGCCUGGACCUUGUGCAGAUCAUUAUGCAAUGCUGCUGUCCACCCGUCUUGGUGUCAGGCAAUACCUCGUUGGCUCUACCCGUUACAGGCCCAACAUCAUCACAUGCAAUAGCAGUUUCCACGGUAUUCAAUGGGAACACAACGGAAUGGAGUGGAGAAGUGAUGUCGCCACUGGAGUUGUCAGCUACUCUGCUGAGCAGGACACUAGCACUUGUUACUGGCAAAGCACGUGUAUCUCAGAAUCACGUUAUGGACACAAGUGGAGCAAGUGCUCUAAGCACCAUGCCUGAGUGGCUGGAGAUUGUAAGACUCACUGCCAACUUUGCCCUGGUGGAUCUGAACAAGCUGGACGGCAGUGAAACCAAGGUGUUCUUCUAUGCCAACGUCCUCAACCUACUUCUCGCCCAUGCUGCUAUUGCACUGCAUUCCGUGUGGCCUGUGGAUGGUCCUGCUCGUAUUCUGCUGCUCAAGACGGCAUGCUACCGUGUUGGCCAAUUGGGUGUAGUCAGUGCAUUUGACCUGUGGCAUGUGAUCCUGCGCUGUGGCCUGCCCUGCAUGGCAUAUGGCUGCGAUGUCACAUCCUUGCUACCAGUUGUUGCCGAGCAUGAUCCGUGGAAGAUCUACACCAACCUAGAGAAUGAUCCACGGGUAGUAUUCCUGAUCUCUGACUGCUCAUCGACGAGUCCAUUGCCGAAGGUCUUGGAUGGUGAGAUAGACCUUGACUCUGCCCUAAGCGUUGCAACAUCCACGUUUCUAGCAUCCUCCAUUCACGUGAUUGGGGACCAGGUUGUUCUACCUUGUCAGCUUGACUGGUUCCGUGAAGAUUUCACGUCUAAGUCAGAUGCGGAUGGUGAUACAGAGCUGGUAAAGUUUGUUCAGAGGCACCUGCUCGGUGAGAAGUUCUCUUCACUGCAGAAUGCAGUGGACAUGGCAAGCAGUCGGUCAUCGGCCAUCAGCAUAACGUUUUCUGCAUUCAACUGGGAUUUGAGCUAUGUGCCACCCACAGCUAUUCCUGCAGAUGCCAGUGUGCCGCACACUGACAAUGUGCUUGGUGCUGACAUCAGCCUGGAAGUAGCCAAGGUGCACCUAGCCACACGCUAUCUUCUCACAGACAGUGCCAUGGACUACCUGGGAAAUCAGCUGCCGCUUGCCUCGGCUCUAGCCAACCUGGUGUGUCCUCGCUCUGGUGCUUCAUCUCCUUCACCCGACGUUGGUGAUCGUGGGGCUGAUUCUGAUGAGGAGGACGUCAAUGAGGACCUAACAGCAAGUAUCAUGGCACAUGUUGCCUCGCUGGGAAAUCGCUUUUCAGCGUCAAGCAGGAUGGUGUCUUCGCGCAGCAGCACAACCGCAACACCAGUGCUAACUGAGAGUGUCACUAGUGAUGAGCCACUGCUGUCUAAGCUGGAGAACACCAGUCACAUGACGUCCAUUGUUCAGAGUGUGGAAGAGAAGUUUGAAGUGCUGCAUCGCUUCCUGCUGUUGCGCAUCAGUGUGCUGCCGGAUAGCAAGUCGUUCCAGGGCUCUAGUGAACAGGACUUCAUGCGUAUGCUGCAGACACUACUGCUGUCACCUUUAAACAGUGCUGCUAGUCAAACAGCUAUCCAGUUAGUACGUAACUUCUACCUACGACAGUGCCACUGGCAGACUGCCGUCAGCUUGAUUGACUCAGUACUGUGUAUGUUGCCCGGUGGACUGGCAUGCCCUGUGCCUGAUAUGUGGCUGGAAGCAGCUGCUAUUGCAUGUCUUGGUCCAGUAUCUUCAAUGAAUCCAGUGGUCACCAUUGUAAAGGACAGCGGCUCUGGGUCCCAUGAUCAGCUAUGUAGCUGGAAGUAUGUGUGUCGUAUCAAGUGUGUGGACACGUUUGUACGUGCUGUCCUUCGUCACCUCUAUGACUGGCCGAUUGAAGUUGCUCUAAGCGGUCUGGAGAUGUGUGUAGAGCGACUCAAGUCUGAGCAUCCGCUGCGCUCUGAUGUUGAGGAUCUCUAUAGGCGUGUGUCCGUUUAUCAGAAGGUACGUCUAUGUGCACUGCAAAAUGCGUCUGGCACUGCCCUGAGUGAAUUGUUGGCAGCGACUCCAGCAGCAGCUACUGGCCGCUCCGGUGUAUUGGAUGACUCUCAGUGGACAUCAUGGCGCAACUGGACUGCUGUGCAAGUGGCCAGUGAGGAGCGACCAGAGCUGGUUGUACAGCUGUUGCUGCAGAAUGGUGAAUACGACCUGGUGCGCAAAUGGGCCAAGCUUCAUACUGUCUCGUCCGAACUAAUGGAGGCUGUGGAGAGACGCUACCUACAGAGUUUGCUCCAAGGCGAUGAUUUAGACCUGACACAGGCAUACCGGGCACUUGAGUCAAUUCAGGUGAAGGAGAUUGCACUGAAAGUGUGUGAAUCAGUGCGGCCGCUUCUCAAUGACCUAUCCAGCACGAUAUUUGUCAUUCAGUAUGAGUUGAACUGCAUGGAUGAUCUACUAUCGCGAUCAGAGCGUGAGAAGCUCAUGCAGAUUUGUCUUGGUGCACAGGCCUUACUAUGCCUGCCCAGUCAUUCAAGACGCCAGUAUGAGCGUUUGAUGGCACAUCCUCAACUGCUCAUUGAACAGCUGCUUAUGAAUAUGAAGGUUGACUGGGCUGAGCAAGUGGGUCGGUGCUUUCGCCGAGCAGGCAAACGAAGGAAAAGCGUCAACACGCCAGCAACCAUUCUAGAGGAGAAUGAUGAUAGUUCAUCUGAUGAAGAGAUCGAUGAUGAGAUUGCCGAAGCGUUUUCUAAGUCAACAGAACGCGCUGACUCCUUACCUAGUCAGUUUGUUUUUGAGAUUCAGAAGACGUUCGAUGACCUUGUUAGCCGCUACGCUGAGAAGGCACUGGAGUUUCCAUCCUCCUACAUCCCACCACUCGUUGACACUUCCAGUAGGUCAUCUUCUGUGUCUUCACUGCGUGGCAUGGAUGGCUCGUUACUGAUGAGAAACGAGUCACCAUUCACACGGACACCGACACGACCCAUGCGUGCCGAGGAAAGCCCCACGUUUGGACAGCAGCGUGCUUCAUCGUCGACUCCACUGAGAUCGGCAUCACGAUCAUCACCUGUUCCGCGGCGUAGUGGUGUACACGAUGCUAUGCCCACAUCAGCCAUGAGAACACCCACAGUAUCGCGAACUCGCCCGUCCUUAAAGGACAAGGCCAAGGAUGAGAAGCAGCAGCAGCAACAGCAGACAUCCACCUAUCAGCCACCGCUGCUUAUACCAAGCAAAGAAGAAUGGGUGAAAGAUGAGACGGUUGCCCUCUGUGUGGUGUGCCAGACUGAACGAUUUAGUAUGUUCAAUCGUAGACAUCACUGUCGUCGCUGCGGCCGUGUGGUCUGUCAGACUUGCUCCACUAAGCGUGCUGUAGUGGAGACGUGUGGCAGCACCCCAGUGCGCGUGUGUGACCAGUGUUAUGGUGCACUGUAUGAUCCAACUACUGCUAGAGCACCAUCUCAAGUAACACCAGGUUCUUUUGAGACUUCACCUGCUCUGGAUGAGCCAUUCAAUGCUGAAGGACUAAGCAAGCUACGGCCAACGACAGCCGGUAUGACUCUGUCACUGCGCAAUGAAGAGCAGGCAUGGAUGCUAUCACCGGAAAAUGACAUGGCAAAUGUUCAAGUUUUCGAUGAGUUUUACUUUGACCAGUCUCCAAGUGUAGGUCUUUGCUUGUCAAUAUUAACUCUGCAUAGUGAAGCUCGUCAGCGGGGUAAUCUUCUACUCGCCUUUGCUGAGAACAUGUCCAAUCACAUGUGCCCUGUAGCACCGGGAGUGCAAAACGAAGAAGUUGAUCACUACCUCGUCAUCAGUAUGAUGCAGAAGUUGAUGCAGAAUGCCAAGAUAGAAUUCGUCAAAGCUGGCGACACCAGCAGCAUAGAGCGAUGUGACACAUAUCUAGGUUAUGCUGAGCUGUUACGCAUGCUUGUUGCUGAUCACUACAAGGACAUUCCAUCCUUGCAAGAUCUAGCCAAUCAAGACUCGGCAAGGUUGUUGCGCAACAAGCUGCUGGAAGACGACAGACCAGAGCUAGCAGUGGAGGUUUCCACCAAGUGUAAUCUUGACACACAGUCAGUGUGGCUGGCAUGGGCCAAAGCCUGUGUCUUGUCGGGCCUGUACACGGAAGCCAGGGAAAAGCUUAGUCAUUGUUGGAAGCCACGAUCUGGCAAGAUACCAGUCACGUCUCAACAGCAGAGUUUACUGAAUAAUGUGAUAGAAUACAUCGAAAUAGGAUCUGUCAUUCCCAUGUCAUCAGUCUCAGAUUUGCUGGAGAUGAAUCCUGAUGUAACGAACAAGCAACCAGUCAGCCUCCACACUCACAUGGAUGCCACACGCUAUGCUGAAUGCCUGUACUAUCUGCAUCAGUAUGGUACCACACUGCAGCUGCUGCAGUUCCAUCAACGCCACAACAUGCUCAACAAGGCCUGUGCUCUUCUCCUCGAUCGGAAUGUCAACGAGGAGACUUUCCUUGAGGGUCUGGCUGAGCCAUGCCUUCGCCGUGGCUCUUUGCGUGAUCUCCUGGACCAGAUGCUGUCCCUGGAUACUAGUUUGAACCAGUGGGAUACGUAUUUGAUGGCACUGUGUCGCUACUUUGCAUCAAAACACCUACACACGUCACUGUAUAACCUACAGAUAUUCAUGCGCGACUACGUGCGUGCCGCCAUGACUGGUAUCAAGUUCUUCUCCGGUCAGAUUGGCAAGCCGGCGACAACGUACGCAGAGCUGCACGCUCGUCUGCCCUGGUUACACCGUGCCCGAGAACAUUUCCGCUCCGCUAUUGAUCAUGGCAACUGGACUGAGUCGGUCACGGUGGCAACCAGUGGCUGGCAAAUGGUUGGUAGUGGCUUGCCGAGCCAGGAUUCCAAACCCUCCGUGGACAAGUCAUCAGCCGGUGGUGGUGGUGGUGGUGGUGGUGGUGGUGGUGGCGGCGCAGCGGCAGGCAGAUCAGCCAGUGUCUACAGCAGUGUAUCAGGUAGACCCAGUAUAUCCAGUAUGUAUGACGGCGGCGCUGCUGCUGAUGCUGCAUCCAGGUCCAAUAGCAUCUUUGAGACGUCAGCACGCACUAGUAUCUAUGACAUGGUGUCAGCCAGUGAUAGUAGCUCCGUUGAUCACACUACAGCAAGCUCACAACAACAACAACAUCAACAACAGCAGCAGCAGCAGCAAGUGCAGUCUCGCAAGACCAUGCAACCUGCUGAUAUCACUCGACACAUGAAUACCAUCAAGUUACAGGUCGAGGUGACAGAGUUUCUUCAUGGCCUGCAGUCAACAUCCGGUGGGUCAAGCAGCAGCAACAGCGGUGCAGCUGCUCGCCCCCUGCCUACCCUCUUCAAUCGUAGCUCAGUCCGGGAAGAGCUUGCUGCUCAGGUUGUUGUUCUGGAUCCCAAUGUUGACGACGGCUUCAAGCUUGCACAAAAGCUUGUACAGGAUUUCCGUUUGAACAACAACCGCAUCUUAUCAUUGAUUGCCCGACGCAUAUCAUCGCAACAUGACUGGAGGAAGCUGGACUCUCUGUUCCGCUGCAUGCAGAGUAUGGGUAUGACGUCGGGCCGUGCUCGUGAUGAUGUCAUCCUUUCAGCCGUCAGCAUAUCGGCCAAGGAUUCAUCCGAGAGCAAGCAGACUGACAAACUGAUUGGAAUGCUGCAGAGCAGUGACAGCAAGGUGUCAGCCCUGAUUGACUGUGGCAAGCUAAAGAAUGCGUACUUGAUUGCAGUCAAGGUCAAACGACAUGACUUGGUCAGAACUAUCUCCAUGGUGGCCAAGGAGAGAAAUCAGCCGCAAAUAACACGUCUCUGUGAGCUUUUCCUCUCGCAGCAGCAGCAGCAGCAGCAGCAGCAACAGCGUUGAUGAGGCCGGAAACGAUUACUCAGGUGUGUUACCUAUAUGCAUGCAUUUGUUUUGUACUUUAAGUUUUAGCACUUACAUCUGUGCCCUUCACUUGCCCUUCAUUUGUUCCAUAUUUUCUUUAUUCAACCCGAAUCAAGCCGAUUGUUUUACCAUAAUUAUUUGUAGUGAGUGUGCGAGCAUUGUCGAGUCUUGCUAUUCACACUUCAGUCUCCGUUUUUUCUUGUCUAACUUGUCUUUCACUUGUCCAUGUGCCUUUCAAUUGUUUUACUUGUGACAGCCGGUAUGUUACAUGGUCAGCCUUCAGUCUCUCCGAACGGCGGCCUCUUUUUCAACUUAUAUUUCCAAUUUUAUUCAAGUGGCAUUUUCUCUCUGUGAGUAGUUCUUCCUCCAUACAGAAACUGUCAUGACACUAGAUAUCAGCAGCAGCAGCAGCAGACUUGACUAUGCAUGCUCUUAGCGUGUACUGCAAAGCUGCUACUACACACGCACACGUCGUACACAGUAUAAUUAUGUGCGUACACAAGUUGGUUGGAUGCUGGCCAUUCUCCUUGGUCUCCUUUUUAAAUCAUUUUUGCAUUAUCAUAUUCUUUUUUUCAUGGAUUCUUUUUCAAUGAAAAUGAAAACAGCAUGGCAGUGUUUUUCUUUGAAGCUGGGCGUGUGCUUUAAAGCGACUCGACAACUAUCACUCACUUUAGACAUCAUAAUAAAUUGCUAAAAUAUAGGUACUUCAUGCGCUGUGCGCGUGCGCUGAAUUUCAUGUUUCUUUGAACGUGUUUAGUUUUUCGUGUGUGCUUGCGUUCAGUGUGUCUUCAGUUUACUUUUUGAAACUAGCCCUACGAAAUAAAAUACAUAUCAAAAAUUUACCAAAUUAUUGAGAA